CACAACUUGUGAUCAAACAUUCUUUUUUAUCGUUUAGGCCUUAAAUUAUGAAGAUUUUAUCAUUGAUUCUCAUAUUUUCUGGACUCUUCAAUUUCAAUCAAGUGCAAUCCGAAAGCUCGUCUAAAUCACCAGAUACUCAAGUGCCAAAGCUCAGACGUGAAUCUUGGAGACGUUUGGAAGUAAAAAAAUCAGAGAAGAAGCACGUUUUUGAGAUCAAUUGGCCUGGGAAUGGUGAUUUUGGAAAAAAAUUUAAAGUCAAUGUUCAAAAUAAUUUGAAAGGAGCUGAAUCAGUACCGUCUCAUGUGCUUGAACCACCUCUUCCUUACUAUUCAUCAUCACACCAGGACCAACGAGUGGAUAGUUAUCGAUCAUCAACAACCCUUGAACCUCUACCACAGUCCACUUCAGCAUCAACAACUGCAAAAAAAUUACGUAUUCAAGAAACAACAGAAACUUCAUCAAAACGUUCAUUUCUGAUAUCAGAUCCAAGUGUAGAAACGCAAUCGUUUGAUUCCUUGCGGUCAGUUUUUUCGAUCGGAAGUUCUAAGAGACCAAAAAACGUGGGAAAAUCAAAUAGACUUGAUCACAAAUCACAGGAUAUUAAGACUAAGUCUAGUGUAAUCAAAACCAAUCCAUUGAAAGGAUACUUUUCGAGGGGGAACCGCAAGUACCAAUAUCAUGGGAGUGACAGUGACGAAAUAUCUGAUAGAAGAAACUCGUGGGGUGACUCAAGAAAUAGAUAUACUUGGACUAAAGCUCGUUCUACCAAUCGGAAUAAUCACUUGAGGUUUAUAGAUUCUAGUGCUACAUUUGGAGCUGUACCUGGAGUAGCCGGAAGAGAUUAUCCCAUUCAUCAAGAACAUAUUCAUCUUCAAUUAAGAAACUCUGCCAAGAGAUUUACGUGCCCUGUUGAUAAUGAUUCACACAUCUAUUUAGCUGAUCGUGCUUCUCGUUGUCAGAUUUUUUAUAUUUGUUUUGGAACUAAUGUUGGUAUACCCAUGGUUUGUCCUAAUGGAACACUUUUUAGUCAAGAAUUGCAAGUUUGUGAUUGGUGGUUUAAUGUCAUUUGUUAAUAAUCAA